AACUGGCCAAAGGCGGCGCUUUCCUCCGCGUCGGGUGGUCCAGUGACAGCUCGUCUUUGCUUCUGGGCGAGGGCUCGUGGUCGUUCUGCUAUUGCAGCUCUGGCGAUUUCAUCUGUGAAAGGUACUCGACAGCUUACGGGGAAAGUUUUCGGGUGAAUGACGUCAUUGGGGUCAUUCUGGAGACGAACGAAACAGGACCCGCAAAAAUUUCGUUCACGAAAAACAGUAGCUAUUUUGGUGAGGCCACUACACUGCCCGUGUUUCCAGAACUUAAUGAGCACUUGGCGCUAUUCCCACACAUUGCCAUGAAA